AUGAAUGUCUGCAUCGUCCUACCCACCAUCCUCAAGUUAGACGACCCAAUCUUACUGCAUGGAGUUGUUGCUACGCGUUUAUCAUAUUACCGACGGCUACUAGCGCAAGCUGAGAGCAAGCUUACACUACGUCGAGUCCGUCGCACGUCGCCGAUAGCAUCCGUUUUUGUGGCAACUAAUCUACACGACACGGACAGUUCGAGAACUUCAGCCACAAAUGCGUCUCAAACCAAGAUUGGGCGAGGGAAACGGUUUGGGUUGAAGGACUCAAGUUUAGCCCCUGUCCCACAGUCGUGGAAAGUGAAGGAGCACCAUUCCACCUUCCUUCAGAAGGACCGGAUGCCUUCAUUCACUACAGUGAUGAAGGGUCUGGAAGAGAAAAGUGAUAUGACAAACCAGAAACAUGCGCUAGAUCUGUCCCUUAAUUCCCGUGCCCGACUCUAUCCUAUUCAUGCCUCUCUACCUUUGCAGGCGAAUGUAGACAAACAAGCCAUUGUCCUAAAUGAGCGCACAAUCUCUGGCCGUUCGAAGCGGACCAAGACCAAGACCAAAGCUACAACUCGUUUUCUUCCUUACCCCAGCUUUUGCAACCUAAAUGCACGGCCCCGACAUCAAUGUUUAAUGCCAACUGUUCAAACACGCCAUAUCGGAAGAAAAUCAUCGCUUGAAACUGCACUAUUUGGCAGUCCAAGCGUCCUUCAACCAAAACAAGUUGCUUGGUUCAUUUUGAUCGUGGCGGUUGACUAUCGUGGUCUGCAGGAUCCGGUGCACGACUUGGGAUUCUGGAGGAAUGUGCUCGGUGACCCUGCUCUUGAGUCGGAAAUCAUCUACUUCAUUGAACUUGUAGGGGAAGAAGCUACACCGGAAAACAUCAACAAAAAUCUGACCGAGAUGUAUCAUGACUCAGAAUCACUUGGCAAAAUUGGGCCUUCGAAUCUGUUCGUGUACCUGACUGGCGAGGGUGACGAGCAAAACAGAAUGCGCUUACUAGACGGAAAAUUUAUUUCGGAGGAUGAUAUUGAUCGAUGGUUAGCUGAACUCCAUAAGUCAUGCGGAUACACUCGGCCCAUCAUCCUGGCACUCGAUAUUUGCCGUGUCAACGCGGACAAGCCGAGUGCCAGAAUGCAGCAUGGCAUAAAUUUAAUUUGUUCUGCAUCCCCUGGGGAGAAAGCAAAGGCCAUUCGAUUCCAAUCUAACCAGCCAAUGCCCUACUCUUGCUUCGUGUUGGCCUUCAUAACUGCUUCGAAAAGCUCCUCAACAAGUACAAGUGAUGAUUUCAAGGCAGACAUCGAGCGGCGCCUAAAACAGCUGAUUGGGCUUAUGGAUUCCGCUCCUUCGAAGAGGAUCUCAGGUGAAAGUAACGAUGGCCCCGGUCCUCAGGCGCCAGAUUGGAGCCAAGCAAACGAUCUAUCAACCCUGCUUGAAUUUGCAAGAAUGAUAUCAAGAACUAAAAUAGUGAAAGAGGUUCACGAAUUUGUUGUAAAGUACUUUCCCGAGGUGUGUGUGUUCACACUUCGAUUCUCCGAGCAUCACUUCACUCAGGUUGUGCGGAUUACCAGAAUACCGGAUCGGAUCGCACGAAAAAGUAUGGACGAUCGCCUGAAAAUCAUACGAGGGAUCAUCUACGAGGUGCAAAUAGAAACUCUAUGA